UCCAUGCCGUCGCCAGCGAGCACGCCGUGCGCGAAACGACGACGACGCCGACGAGCGAUCCUGAACCACCACCACAGCCACCACCACCGAGAACAGCAGCGGCAACAGCCCGAGGACUUGCAUUACAACGACGACGUUAGCGUUGUCGCGCUAACACCGGCGGACACCACCUCGUCCAUAAUAUCGCCGUCACCCGCCGUGGCCGCAGCCGCCAACACGGCGUCGUCAACCGCGUCCGUCGUGGCCGCCGCAAUGGCGUUCGCCAACGAGACCAACAUCGACCUGAUCAUGAUCAACAAGAUCAAACAGCACCAAGUGCUCUACGACACGGACGAGGACCAGUACAAGUACAUCGACAAGAGGGACAAGGCGUGGAAAGAAGUGUCCGACGAACUUGGGAUGCCCGGUAAAUAUGCCUGUUACUACUGUGAUAAAUUGUUGUGUAACAUAUAAAGUUUAAGUAUGAUCGCGGUAAGUUCUGGCGGUAGUGUUCGGUUACGGUCAUUUGCAUACAAUGGGCCGGGCGCGUUUUUGUGGAUCGCCGGCACCGGAAGAAUUUUCCGUUCGCGCGGCAUUGUUCACCCGGUUAAGGAGCGAGAAAACGCGUGCGAAGUUGCGGGUCAACGGCGCCGUUGGUGGGAGAAACACAUGUUGCAGGGGUUGUUUUGCAGUACGAAAUAACAACAAUAAUAAUGCCCCCACCGCGCGUAGCGGUGGCGGUGUAGGCGGAGCGGGCGGUGGCGGCGGUUACGGCCGCCGACGACGCCGCCGCCGCCGCCGCCGUUGUCGUUGCGACUCGCAGGCCGAGCGCCGAUGCGCGUACCUAUGUCCGCGCGGCGCGCGGCAAAACGCGGACGGGAUUUUCGGUGCUGCAACGCGCGCGCGUCUCCUUUGUGUUUGACGUAAUGUGCGUGUGCGAACGUCGCGGCCGUCGUUCGUGCGGUUCGGUCGGCCGAGCGGGGUGGGGAAAUGCAGUAGUCGUCGACACGACUGAUAGAGAGGAGAAACAAAACAAAAAAAAAAAACACCGCGCGACCAAACCGGAUGGGCCGAGCGGUUUGAUGACCGCCGACGCGCACGUAUUUUUAUUACGCCCGCACGACGACGACGUUGUCGGCGCGGCCGCGAUACGGCGGCGGACCGGCGCGCCGGCCCGGCCCAGUGUCGCCAAUCUUAUAACGUCGCGCCGGGCGCGUUCGGCGUAUACGGCGCGCGGCGGACCGUUUCGCCGGGCAAAGGGGGUGAAAACUCCACCGCCACCGGUUGCCGCGCCGUCGUCGCACCGCCGCCAGCGAUACGCGCCGGCAACGUCGUUUCUGUGCCGGAACGCCACCGACGACGACGACGACGAGCGCGCGCGCCUCGCAGCUAAUAAUUUCUCCGCAACGUUCGCGUUUCCCGCACCAUAAAACAACAACAAUAAUAAUAUUGCAGUACGCGCUAUUGUCGCCGUCGUGACCCGUAACCCCCGUAACCCACCCGCCGUCGUAUGCCGGACAACUCUUGCGAAAACCCUUUGCGCCGACCGCCGAACAGGCUAUUUCUCCUCCCGGUUUUCCCGAUGCGAAAGGGGCGUUUGUUUUUUUUUUUUUAUCGGGAACUUUCGAGGAUUUCCCUUCGGGAAUUAUUCGAACAUUGCGAAAAUCUCGAGAGAUCUCGUUAUUCAGAGUGUCCCCUAUACGCAUACCCGUUGCGGUAUUUCCCGAGAUAACGGCGAUAUCGCAACGGUUACGUGAUACCGCUAAUCCCGACUAAUAAAAUACAUCUCGGCAGCCCAAACGACCCGUUAGCCGGAAUAAUUUUGCAAUUUCACGUAUCCACUAUUCGGGGUUGUACGUACAAUUUCGCGGUUUUUAAUUUUUCGUUCGAAAAGCCGGGGUUGUAGGUGCGUCCCUUCGCGGUGCCUGUGCCGUAGGGGUGGAACAAAUUGUGAGCCACCACGAAACAUUUUCGAAAAAUCCCCCGUGAUAAUGAAAACGCGUCGCGGGCGAAAAAUCACUGGUUAUCGGGGUCAUUUUUUUUUUAUUAUGGUCUUUCGGUUAGCGGUACCGAUCUGAGAGGAGAUUUUGAUCAGAAUUUGUUGUCGAUUGGAGGGACGGAGGUUCGCGCACUAUUGAAUCGUUUAACGAUCGCAUUUGCAAUAUUCUCAACAUUUUACUUUUAUUCCGUACACGAUGUACAUGUUAUAAUAUCAAGUUUUAGCACCCCCUUCCCUCUUUCGAACCGUUUUCGAAAAGAAAAUAUUAUUCUAAACAAUUUAAUACGCAUAUAAUAGUAAUAUUUGGAUUUAUCGUUGACGAAUUGUAACGCGGUUCUAAAAUUUAAACCGGAUGUUUAGGAAAGGGUUUUAAUUGUCAAAACGCAUAUGAAAUGUAUUUGGUGACCGGAAGGAGGGAUUGCCAUUUGAAAAUCAAAAGUCAAUAUUCAUUUGAGGCGCAAGGAGUAGGGGUAAAUAUUUGGAAAAACUAGUGACAGGGAUAAUAAUGCUCGAGCGAUUUCAAUACUGAUGAAAUAAAAAAAAGGACGGCAAAUUUACGUCCACCGAAAUAAUUUCGUGCUAAAUAGUUUUAAAAUUACAAUGAAUUCGCGUGUUGUCAAACUUAGAAAUAAGUGAAGAACAUUAUCCGUGUUUGUACGUUGGUAUUAGGUUCUGGGCAAAGCGUAAAAAAUAUAUUGGUUUUAUUGUAAAAAAUGUUGAGGCCGUAAACAACUUUUCCAUCGGAAAUCUUGAUCCGAUCAAAACAUUUAUAAUUAUUUCCUUGUAGCAUUUUCCGUGUAUAAUCGGUGCGUCGAGAUUGCUAUUUUUCGACGCGUGUCUCGUUGUUUUCCUAAUAAAUGGGAAAAAACCGGCAAAUUUUUUUUAAUUAUAUUUGUUAAUUUCUUUGGCGCCGAAUUGAAAAAAUUGCGUCUAAUAAAUACUCUGCUCAAAAUCGUUUUUCGUUAUCCCAACCAUGCUUACAAAUAUACAUUAAAUUACUCUAUAUAGUAUAUGUAUAUAUUCUCCCUCCCGACUUCCCUCUUAAAACCAGUUGCGUGUGCGCAACACUUAUCAGCUGCAGUAUCGGUCUUCCCCCCUGUUAUUUUCAUUUUUAGGCGAGCGAAAACGACUUAAAAACGCUUGUAUCGAUAAAUAAUAAAAAAAAAAAAGGGGUCGUAAUUAUACUGAAAAUAGUAUAAAAAAAAAAAAAGUAGGAUAAGUCAUUUUUCCCGUUGCGGUUGGUGAUACCGACAUUUACUGUCUCGGUUUGACUGACGAGGGACAUCGUGAAAGUAAGUUACUCGCCGCGUAAAUUGCUGCAGGAGUUUGACCGCAAAAUUUAAAGAGGGCCGUACGUACAGCAGUAAUCGAACAAAUUGCAAUACGAUAAAGUAUAAUAGCUAUUCAAAAGAAAAUAAAAAAACCAAACUAACAUAUGUUGUGAAUUUUUCGAAUGAAAAUAUUUUAGAAACAUAACCAAUAUACGUUUUAUUUAGAAAAUAUUCAUUGUUGAUUUUGUUAUUUGUGUUGUUUAAACUUCUUAAUUUAACCUAAUCGCUACCGUUCGUGUUUAGGCGACGCAAUUUUGCUACGUCGUCCAUCAGACGAUGUGGAUGCGUCUUAAUAAUGAAAAUAACUAACCGGACUGGCGCAAACACCGAUAAUGUUCGUUAACUUGGGUUUCUUCGAUCAUAAUUUCGCAAACUUUUUCAGCGCCAAUAAUAAUCGAUUCCUGCAUUGAACCUUCCCGAUCGUCAUUUUAUAUUGCCGCCUGUUCUACCCGUUUGCCGGGAUCGUCGGACUUUCCCCGGGUGGAGACGACUACGAUAACAACUAUUAACAAAUGAAAACGUAUAAAACAGUAUACAAUUUUUAUACUCGCCCGAUAUAAAUAAAUAUGAUAAAAAUACGAGUUCUAAUAAUAGCCAAAAGAAUAUUGUGAGAUAAAAUAAUAUUUUUAUCGACUCGAAUAAUAAUUGGACUACGCCAGAGGCGAUUUAAAAGUAUUCAGCUAUUUAAUGAUGCAAGACACGUAGACACAUUAUCGAAUCUAGUUUGGUCUCCGUCAAAAUUGGUUUCAAAAUAUAUUUAAAACCGAAAAAUAAGUUAUUACAUAAAAAAAAUGAUACCUAUAUUGAGUAUAAAGCAGUCGAUAUUUCAUUUUAGAUUCUGUGAGCAAAGCGAGGAAUGUAUUGGUUUUAAAAUAGUGUUUAUUUAUUUUUUUCUGUGCACAACUUUUCUACCAGAAAUCUUGUUCUAUAGGCGCCUUUUCUGGAUGGUACUUUAGGAAAUCAAUUUUUUUUUUUAAAUUCCAAGCGGUUUUCAUAAUAGUUGUGUAAAAACGAAAAAUUUACGAAAAUAAUGCUUUUAUUAUCAGUAAUUUUGUUUUUUUUGUUGUUGUUGUAAUUCAGUUUAAAAUGUUCUUAGGGACUUGACAUUUGGACAGAAGUCUUUUCUAGGCGUGGUCAAAUUUUUAAAACAUUUGAGCUAUUCAUAGAAAUUUUAUUUUACUAGUUUUUUAAGUUAUUUUUAUUCGGUUAAAUAAAAUUGUUAGAUCAAAUAGCUUGAGAAUUUAACGAGAGUUUCAUUAUAAGUUUUACUUUACUGAUCAACUCGAAAAAAUUGAGUUUAAUGUAGUAUUUAUUUAUUUAUUUUUUUUUUAUUAUAAUUUUAAUAUCAAAUAUUUACGAUUUAUUAAACAUGUUCUAGAAUCUAGAACAUGUUUAAUCGAACCCCGCUCAGAAUUGUUUUUCGUUAGCAAUAAAUUAUCGUUGGGUACAUUCAAUUUUCUGCUAUGUCCUAUCUUUCCAGCUUUUCGCCUACAUCAGUGGCCCACCUGUUGUGCGAUGUAUGUCUGUCUUUAAAAAAAAAAAAGUUAAAUAUUAACAGCUUUAAAAAAUCCGUUGAACAUGGAGGGACACCUUGUAUGAGUACUUAGAUAAUGGUUUAACGUUUUGUGCAUUUUCUACCUAAAUCCACGCGUUUUGAUUGCAAUAUUAAAAUAAUGUUCAAAAAUUUAAAAAUCUAAUAUUAUAUUGUAUAAUGUAAUAUUUUUCAAUAUUGAAAUUAUAAUACGAGCCCAUAAGUAACUCCGAUGCUAUGCAUUUUUUCAAUAGCUAAAAUAUUUGAUUCUGUUAUGAAUUUAAUAAAGUUUUUACGAACUGACCUUUUGUUCAUUUGUAUAACUAUUAGCCAGGAUUUAAAAAAAUUCAAACUCUACCCGAGGAAGACUGAGUUUGUCGGCGAACAGAUAGGGGAGGGGGAAUUGUAAAAAAGUGGUCGGCAAUUCACAGCAAUCGAGCACUAAUUAUUAGCGCUAAAAAAACUGUGAAAUUUACAUUCGGAGUGGGAGGGUACGUUUUCACGGUAACAAUAAGUUCGCUUCAGUAUUGAAACAAACGACGCGAAAUCUAACGGUCCUGACGAAUGUGAAAUUGCCACGUCGUGAGUUUUUAUAUGUCACGGAUAGACGACACAUUUACGUCCUUGCGGUAAACCCUGAAAAUCGUCAAAUUGUGAUUACAAAGUAUAAAAAUUCCAUGCGUAAUACCCUACCGUGUGAUUGGAAAAGCAUUUGUAAUGUGACGUAAAAACACGAAAAGAUGUCGGUUUUUUUUUUCUUUAUUAUUGUUAGUGUACGUAUUUUCUUUUGUCCCUCCCCCCCUCGCGGUUUAUAACGUUAUCAUCGUAUUAAUUAAUGCGUCAUCCGAUUCGAACGAAUCGAUUCAAAGAUUAUGAUAAUAUUAUUUUGCCGUUUGGUGACUUAAUUGUUUUCGAUUUUCAUCGAGAGAGCAGUGAUCGAGCGUAUAUAAUUAAUUUCUAGAGUUACUAGCGGAGAGGAGAGACUUCUGCUACGUUUAACAAAUAUUAUCAUGUUUACGUUUUUUUUUUUUUUACGAAACGAUAAUAAUGUGCUAUUACGAAAAUAACAAUUUUCUUAUACAAAUUUCAGAACCGACGUAAAAGUAUAAUACAAUAUUUGAAACAUUUUUAAAAAGAAUUUAACGACGCGCGCACACGUUUCUCUUCGAAUUAGGAACGUAUUUAUAAGGGGAGGGAAGGAAAUUAGCUCCGGGCGCCGCAAUUUUCCAGGAAGGGCGUCUUAAUCUUUUAAGGCAUCGUAAAAUGGUUAUUUUAUAAUAUUAUUUAUUAAUUAUUGUCGCGAUAAAAUAGAUUUUAUCGCGUUAAUAAUUAUGAUCAAUAAUAACAGACAAUUGACUUAAAUAUUAAUUUGUUAUUGGAAUAGAAAAUUUUUGUUUUCGACUCUUUAUUGCAGUUUACAUUCGCUCGGCAGGCUCUAGAAAUGUGUGUUUCAUAACAGUGUUUCUCAACCGGAAGGGGGGGGGGCGGUCGCCAACUAAUUAUUUAGAGUCGCCAUAAUUAUAAAAUAUUAGGUCGUCGUGUAUAAAAUAUAUAUUUAAGGGUUGCUAAAAAAUUAAAUAUUCAUUUAUGGGGUCGUGACAGUAAAAAGGUUGAGAAACAGUCUUAGAACACAAAGCGCGCUAUAUACAAAGAGUCGUCAUAUGUGCAGCUCGAAAUGCCAGUGUGUUGUAAACAAAAAAAUGAUUUUUUACAUGGAACGGUCUUAAAGGAAUAAUGGCCCAGUGUACCAAAAGUAGAAAUGCAUCUCUGUUUUGCAUUCGUCUUAUGUGGGAUAUUAUUUACAUUUUCUUCUAGGAGUAGGCUAACAUUUGUCGUCAAACAAAGUCGCGACAACGUAGACCCCGACUCCCAGUUGGUCACCCAGCUAUUAAAAUAAAAUAAACUAUUAAUAUUUCAUGAUAAAAAUACAGGUAAACUUUACCAGCGGCACAAACAGAAAUUAUUUGGGUGGAAGGAGGGGGGCGUUACGAAUUCCAAACAAUUUUGGCUUUUAGGAUAGUAAAUUACUAAAUAGGUGAAAUGCACGACGUGCGUGUAUUCAAAAUUACAAGAAAAUGUCCGGAAAAUUGUUUCACAAAUUAUUCAACUAUAUAAUAAUACCUAUACUAUACUAUUAAUUGGCGGAUGUUAUACUCAGCGGUGGAUCCGGGGGGUAGGCGAUAUUGGCGAUCACCCCUCCCCCCUGGUUAUAUUGUUCUGGAUCUGUCCCUGAUUACACUUGAAGCGGAUCUCUGAUUGCGCUGUGUAACAGCUGCGCCAUAAUAUAAUAUUAUUUUUCUUUUUUUUUCUUCUACUUCUGGCCUUUAUAACUCUGAGAGUUUUUACCGUCAAUACAACACUACGUCACCUAUCCCUGUCAUACACCAUCUCUCUACGUGUCUAUUACCAUAAUCCUUAGGUCUUUUUCAACUACAUCGAUCCUUCUACAUUUUUUAUUUGGUCUUUUUUCUGCGUGGUUUACAUUUUUAAUACGUAUGCGAGGUUGGUUUUAUCAUCGUUACGUCAUCAAUCUUAUUUUAGUUUUUCGGGAGAGGAGUUUAGAACUAAACAGUUUUAUCAACGUCAAUAACUUUUUUUCUGCCUUAAUAACGCGAAAAAUGCCCAUUUUUUUUUUCUGAUAAUGUUACCUAGUUAAUGAAAUAAGUCUCCCACAUUCUCGCUAAUUGCUUUAUUAUUAUCGACGAUUAUAAUCUGUACAUAUUAAAGUAAUUAUUAGUAAUUGAAUAUGACGAAGAAGUUAAACGCAAAGAAAUCCUCUGCCCUUCGUGAAAUUUCUGCCUUACACUUCCGCGUAUUUAAAUCUGACGUUAAUGAUCGCCACUGAUAUGAGUAUUUUUUUGGGAGUAUUCACUGCGUGUCCAUUCCUUCAUCUCUUAAAGCUCCUCGAGCAAAUAUACCGAACUUUCCCCAUUAACUUUUGUACAUUCCCUAAUUACUCAUCCCCCCCCCCAAUAGUGAGAAUAUUUUCUAUAGAAAAUAUAAUAUUUUGUUGCAAAAUAUACUAAUUCAAUCGUUUGCGAUUUAUUUUCUAGUGGACACACAAUAUGCAAAAUCGUACACUAUACUGUGUGUCCAUUUGUGCUCAGAAAUCCUUCUUAAAAAAUGCUAAUUGAAUCUGUCAAAUAAACACAACUAAAUUAAUACCCACACAGUUUUAGUAAUAUUAAUCACUUCUCUUGUUUAUAGUACUUGAAACCGUGUGUGUAUUGGUGCAGACAAACUAUUAAGACCGUGCAUUUAGUACAGUAGGUAAUUGCUUUGUUAGGAGCGAAAUAAAAAAAAAUAAUAAUAAUAAAAAUCAACCGUAUACAAAUCAUCAUAAGAAUAAUCGUUGAAAAUUAAAUAUCCAAUUACGGUACAACAAUGGAAAAAAUCCCGACAUACUUGUUGCCCAGUAAUCAACGGAAAAAAAUACUGAUGUACUGUAAUUUGUUUUCGGUGUUUUUAUUUUCUGGAAAAUUUAUUUCAAAUAAACACAAUACAUUUUAAAUCUGAAUAUUUCUACGUGCGAGAUGUGAACAAUUCGUAGUGUUUCCCGAGAAGCAAAAAAAAAAACCACAUCUUAGCUUAUACACAUCAUAUAUUAUGAUCUAAAUAUCUUGGUAAAACUAUAUUAUAAUAGCAUCUUGGCUAAACUCAGAAUCGAAUAAAAUAAAUUAUAAUAAUACGUGUUCUUGACAAUUUAACGAUGCGGUUGAAUUGGCAAUUCCUACUGCAGUAAAUUUACCCGUUUGAUAUUUUUACCCUUAAAAGUACUACACUACUGUCAAUUGAAUUUAGCUUCCUCGACAUUUUAAAACGUUACGCGAUUUAUACCAGUCGCACAAAAUUAUUUACAAAAUUACAGUUCCUCGUGGCUUAUAAUAUUAUAUGGUUGGUCUAUUGGUAAUUAUUAGGACUCGGAAAUUUUUUUACUUAAAAUCCAUAGAAAAGAAAUAAAAACGCACUAAAAAAUAACGAAAAAAAAAGGCGUAUUUUUUUAGAAGUCUCCUCCCUUUAAAGGCUCUAACUUACAAAAUACAAUUUUCGAACACUACAAAAAUAAUAAACACAAGUUUUUAAGUAAGUGAGUAUUAAAAAAAAAAAUAAUAAUGUUAAUCGUUUUGUAAUAUUAGAAAAUUGAAUUUAAUGGUUAGGGUCAUUAUAUGGUGGGGAUGGGUGAUAAAAGAUACUUCUCUUAAGUCUCUUCUCUUCCUGUGUUAUUUUUUAUAUAAAAAAAAAAACUGUCAAGGCUCUUCUUUUGACGUUUUUAAGUGUUUUUCUAUAGAUUUUAAAUGCAUAAAGUUCCGAACCCUGCUAAUAAUAUUAUAUUCAUAUAGGUAUGUGUAUUGAAAUCUAUAGGUAUGUUAUUUUGAAAAUAAAUAAUUUCCGGAUAUUAUAACUUCAGUUUGGUGCCUGGUCAUUUUUUUUUUUUGGGGAACCAUUCCACGGUCGUCCUAUUCAAAUAAUAUAGUCUCGGGUGGACAAACUGUUAGGUUAGGUUAUUGCACAUUGAAUUUCAUACCGUAACCUCAUGAGAGAUUAAUCAGCACUAUAUAGUACUGUAUGUUUACAAUACUGUGUGUAUAGUAAAUUUUUUAUAAUAACAAAAAGAAAAAAAAGAUAUCGAGCAAUACAAUUUUACUGAACGACGGUUUUUUUUUUUUUGGUUGGUUCUAAUUUUUAAACGUAAAUUAAAAAAAAAAAAAAAAAAAACAAACGAAACAAAACAAAUAUUUGCUCUGUAAACGACUGCGUCAUCGUUCGUCCAUAUUAUUCGUGUACAUUAUAUUACCUAAUGCAUUUUACGCGUGCAUAUUUGUAGGUUCGCAAUUUCGUGUACCUACGUUUAAAAAGACGGACACAUUUCGCACGAUGGGUGGACUACUGUUGUAGGUGUGACGUUGGGAAGGUAGAGGAUACGUAGGGGAAUUUAAUGAAUAAAUGUACGCGCAACGGUUAAUCUUUGUUAACGAAAAUUGAUUCUGAGCGGGGUUCGGUUAUACACGUUUUAAAAGGCCUUAAUAUUUGCGAUUUUUGUCAAAAUUUGAUAUUGAAAAAAAAAAAAAAUACCACAUUAAACUCAAAUUUUUCUUGUCGACUUUUUUAAGUACGACUUAUAAUGAACCUACUGUUAAAUGUUCAAGCGUUUCUAUUUGGUCUAAAAAUUUUGUUAUUGGCAGAAAAAAAAUUAAACAUCAUUGUAAAACCAAUAUAUUCUUCUUGCUUCGCUCUUAUCUAAAAUGUAAAUAUUCGAAUACUUACCGGAAAAAUUAAACAUUAAACGUUAAACGAGAACUUAUGCAAGUUAUGCUGUGUGAUGAUUAAUAUGUAACACAUACUUUAAUUAUUAAAAUAUAAAAUACAAAUUAAUUAGCUACAAAUAUACUAUAAUUCUUUUUCGUACUUUCGAUUUAAAUACUUCUAGAUUUAAAAUUUACAUCUAGAACAAACAUUAUUGCACUAAAAUUAAAGACAGAAACGUUUUAUAUGUUUUCAAAGAGAGAAUUUUAAUAUUAUAAAAUGUUCUUUUUAGAUGAAAUAAUAAUUUAAAAAACACAAUUUGUGUUUUUGAGUUAGAAUAAUCCACGAAAUCUGAUAUCGAAAAAUACCCCUUUGAAAACCUAGGAAAUGUUGUCAUUUAUUUGGUGAAAUAAUCUCUGUUUUAGGUUUAUUAGAAAAUUAUUAUGGAGACUGUUGGUAGAGGUACGAAAACACAAUUUUGGUAUAUUGUCCGUUAUAGAUAAUGACAGACACAUCUAUAAUCCUACAGUGACAGAUGCGAAUUUCCGCUCGAUGGUAUACUUACUUUGAAACAUUUAUCGAAAUUUAAAAUACUUUUGCUAAAAAAUGGCAUAGUAUUUUUUCCCGGAAAACACUAUUUCUGUUAGGCAGAUAUAAAAAAUCAAAAAGCUUUGAUUCUUUCACGCGGUAGCCUAAAGCACUAAAAGACUCGACAUUUUUGCCCAGUGUUACCAUACGUUAUUUUCAUACGAAAUUUGCGUACAUACGCGUCAUAAACAUAAAUUUUCAAUUGUGUAUAUUUCCAUAAUAUUUAUCUAUAAUUUUCAAUGAAUUUCUAUACGAUUGCGUUUAAAUGUUUUUCGCGUUUACAUAAUAUAAUCCUCGAGGCGUCGAAUCGAUUCGCUGCCAUCCCGGGGACUUUAACGAUAUCUGUAUGAAUAUAAACGUAAUGUUCGUGAUUAGUACGUGACUAUUGUGCAUAUUAAGUAUAUUAAUAUGGAGUAAACCUUUUUUUUUUUUUUUUACGGCGCAUAUAUACAACACACUGCAGACAAUUUAUAAAAAUAAUUUAGCUAAAAGAUAAACGUAAGAAAAAAAAUACUGAUUUUAGGAAUAGAGGAACUUCAGAAAAUCAGCGAGCGAAAAUUCUACAAAUAAUAUAAGUUAAAAAACUUAUUUUAUAAGUUUGGAAUUGAAACAUGAAAUUAAUUAUAUACCGUGGACUUAAUAAAAAUACGAGAAAUACCUUUUGUUUCGCUUGUAUAAAACUUAACAAUUGAAUAAACUUUACUAAAGAACAAAUGUCGCACUCUUGCAACGGACCUAUACAUUAUUUUUGUGAAAGUAAAACCUCUCAGCACUAAUUCGUGACCAUAAUUAUAAUAAUUCUAAUCGUAUUGGUAUAUCAUUGUUGUUGCGUACCAAUGUUAUGAUCACGGUGUAUACCCAUGCGAUUUUACGUGUGGAUAAGAAUAUACGUUUUGUAGUAUACCUACUGUUGGUUUUGAAUGAGAUCGCUAUUUGCAAUAUUCAAAGACUAAUCGCUUUAUAGAUAACGUAAAAAUAUAACAACCGAAGCAGGGAAAAAAUUCGGGGGUAGCCAACCUCCCUAGUCUUUCCCGCUGAAUUUUUUUUUCAAAAAUACAAGGUGUUAAUAUUUUCUACGAGCGCAUUAAAAUAAUAAUUUAAAAAUUAAAUAAAUGAAUUAAUCCGAACAGUAAUAUUUAAAUGUUAGUUAUGAAUUUUGUUUAGCUGCAAAUACAGUUUAUCGGGGGUUAUGUACUUUACAUUAGGUAAAUAUUACAUACUUAGGUAUUUUGGGUUUGUUCGAUAAUGGUCAAUCGCUAAUUAGUUGUAAAAAUAUAUUGCUAAAAUAUAUUGCCCAGGAGCAACUUCCCCAAGGCUUUGAAUAAAAUAACUAAAACCUUAGUUUGAUUUACCGUGUAUAAACUAACCUGUGAUGUAUUUUUGGUUACAGUUAAUGAUGUCAAAUUACGUUGGAAACGUUUACGCGACAAUUUUCGAGUGUCCAUCAAACGGACCAAAGGAUUGAAUCUCAAACCUGGGUUACCUUUCGUCGAGGGUAAACCCUGGAAGUAUCAAAAGGAAAUGGAAUUUCUUUUACCAUUUAUGCAAAUUGGAGGGUAAGUUAUUAUAAUGAGAACCUGAUCAUAUUACAAAGCAAAAACACUUAUUAUUUUGGAAUAUUAUUUAUUUUUUUUAUUUUAUUAUUUAUUUGUAAUUGUUUAUAGGUAUUCACUUAAAAAAAUGUUGAAUUUGGAACAUUCCCCUCAAGAUUAUCAAGGCAAUUAUGAUGAUUGCAAGACAGACGGGUCUUCCAGUCCGUAUAACAACAUUUCAUAUGAUUAUGAUGAAAUGCCUGAACCAAGAGUGGAAGUUAAAGAAAUGCCUGGUAAUUAUUCGAACGAUGAAGGAGGUGUAGACGAUGAACUCCUAUACCCAGAUGUGGAAAUCCUAAGCAAUGGAAAACACGAGCCUCUUCAUAGAGUGGCGAAACGAGUGAAACGUUCAGCUGAAGCUGCAGCUGCUGCAGCUGCUAAGGAAGCCGACUCAUCUGCUCAACUUAAACUUAAUCAACACCAUAUGAAUCACUAUUACCACAUACAACAACAACAACAAAGUCAUGCAAAAGUACAUCCUGUGGAUUUAUUCUUUUAUAGUAUGGCUGAGACAACCAAAGCUCUACCUCAAAAUUACCAAGCAGAAAUUAAACGUAGAGUAUUAGAAAUUGUGAUCAAGGCUGAAGAAGAAAUGAACAAAAAUAAAAGUUAUGAAUAAACUUAAGUCUCCCAAGUCAUCAAUCAUUAGACUUUAUAAGUCUUCCUAAUUUCGUAAUCUUUUUAAUACAUUAUAUUGUGUUCAUAGUUUAUGGUUAGUAAGUGUAUGGAUGUUUAUUUUUGUAUCCAAUAUUGAACUAUUCGACUUAUUUUUACUAAUUAAAGUCGAAAUGUAAAUUUAUUGUUCUUUACAGUAAUCAUUAUUAUCAUUAUUAUUAUUAUUAUUAUUAUUAUUAUUAUUGUUUGUUGAAUUAUUAUGUUUAAAAUCAAACCAAUAUUAUUGUAUUCAAACACUAUAAGUGAUAGUGUACAAUUUUCCAAAAUAUUUCUUAUCUAUUAUUACAUGACUUGGAAAUUAAUAAUUUACUUUUUAUAUAAUCUUUUUUUGUAUUUAAAAAAUAACUAUAAACGAUACAAUACACCAACAAAUAUUUUUAUUUUUGUAAAAUUAACAUUCCGAAUUUUGCCUCUAAUGUGGCUUUGUGAUAAUAAAUAGGUUUAAUAUUAAUUAGUGACUAUUAUAGAAGACAUGCAUUCCGUUGUAAUAAACAAUGUGAUUUAAUUAUUAGUGUAAGUUAUAAACUAUUGAAAACAUAAGCUCAUCAUGUAAAAAACCAAUUUGCUCAAUCAGAUUUUGUCCACUUUAUAAUUUAUCGAUUUACAGUGUACAAAACGAAUAUAUUUAAUUUAGACUUAAGAUGGUUGAUCCAUUAAUCCCUAUUAUACCAUGACAGUUUUAUUUAUGUUUAUAUUUUUUUCUUGCAAUUUGCAUACCUAUUUUGUUGUAAAUAAAAAAACCAUUAAGUGAUAGUCAAUUUGUUAUUAUUAUUAUUACGCAAUAAUUAAAUAAUAUAAAAAUAUUAAUAUUAAUAAUUUAAAAGUUGAAUGAUAAUAAUUGUAUAAUACAUAAACACACUGCAAUGUUUUUGUUUUGACAAUAAAAA